UGUUAUUGUCCAAUUAGUUGCCAUGGUAACAAACAACUAACUCUGGGGGUGAGGCGUUUCCGUAGCGACGUGUAAACAGGAGGAAGUCCAGAGAGAAGAUGUCAGCGAGGAGAGACGGAGAAGAAGAGAAGGACGGCGAGGCUUCCUCCUCCUCUUCCUCAGCUCCAUCCAGGAGGAACCCAGAGGUUCCGAUGAUCCAGAACAUCCCAGAAACGGUGGAGGACUUCCUGAGGAACUUCCUGGGCCGGCUCGGCCUGACUCGGACUCUGAGCAGCUUUCAGGUGGAGCGGUACCACUCGGCUGAGACGUGCCGCUUCAUCCCCGACGCUCUGACGCACGGCCAGAUGCUCCAGGAGGAGCUGGACGCCGUGCGCAGAGACACGGAGCUGCUCGGGAAGGAGGUUCUGGAGGCGGAGCAGAGCCUGGUCCGCAUGCGGAGGGAGCGGGACUUCCACCGGCUGCAGCAUCGGCGCGUCUCCGCGCAGAAGGAGAGCCUCGCCGAGGACCGCAAACAGCUGCAGGAACAUCUGGAGAACUGCGAGGCGGCGCUGAAGCAGCUGGAGGAGAAACACCGAGCGGCUCUGAGGACCAAGGCGCUCCUGGGCUUACAGAGGGAGCGAGGUCAGCACCUCCCAGAACCAAAGCUCCACCAGGAGAAGCCCAACGAGAAGCCAGCCAAGAGGAGACUCUGCAGAUCUCCAAAGACCCCCAAAGAUGCGCAGGGCCCUCCGCAGGAGAAGACCAGCUUCCAGCUGUCCUGCUCCAUCAGGGCCCACCAGCAGCCCGUCAGCUGCAUCGCUCUCCACCCCAGGAACCCGCUGCUGGCCUCAGCCAGCCACGACCGCACCUGGAGGCUGUGGCAUCUGCCACGGAGCGGAGAGAAGGUGGGCCAGGUGCUGCUGAGAGGCGAGGGUCACUCUGAUUGGCUGUCAGGCUGCACCUUUCACCCCGACGGAUCCAACCUGGCGACAACCAGCGGCGACACAACGGUCCGGCUCUGGGAUCUGUCUCGCGGCCGCUGCGUGUCGACGCUGCGCGGCCACAGCCAGCCCACCUGGGGUUGCUGGUUCCAUUCCUGCGGACACCUCCUGGCGUCCUGCUCCGCCGACCGGACCGCCAAGCUGUGGGACGUGGCCAGCGGGCGCUGCGGCCUCACGCUGCGUCGCCACGCCGCCUCCGUCAACAGCGUCGCCUUCCUGCCCGCCUCACACCUCCUCCUCACCUGCUCGGCGGAUAAGACCCUCGUCCUGUGGGACGCCAGGCUGGGCGUGGCCGCCGCCACCUUCCGCGGACACCGCCACCCCUGCAACCACGCCGCCUUCAGCCCCGCGCCCCACGCCGUGGCGUCCUGCGACUCCCGGGGCGUCGUCCACCUGUGGGACGCGAGGAAGCCGGCGUCGCCCACGGCCGCCGCGGAGGCCGGGCCGCCCGCCGCCAACCAGCUGGCCUUCAGCCAAUCGGGGAAGCUGCUGGCGGUGGCCGGCGGCGACGGCUCGGUGCGGCUGGUGGCGGUGGACUCGUGCGGCGUGAGCAGCCUGACGGGACACGAGGGGAGCGUGCAGAGCGUGACGUUUGACCACGAGGGGCGGGCGCUGGUGUCGGCCGGGAGCGACGGCCUGAUCGGCGUCUGGUUCUGACGGUCUGGUUCUGACUGUCUG